GUGGUAUCGAUGAGGUCUGGACUUCGAGGGUGGCUGGACGCAGGUGAAAUGGGUAACUGGCUUCGUCACGUUCGUGUGGCCUCUUCACCUGUCUAUGGCAACCUCCGGCACCUGCUGCUCGCUGGACAGAUCUUCUACGAGGCCAUAAGAGACAUCCCACCCUCAGAGGAGCUCCUUCUCAUCCGGAAAGCCGUCAUAGAUCUAGACACCUCAGCUGUUGAUGACCAGCUGCAGGUGGGGUCGCCGGAGGACCGCUCUGAGAACACAGGGGACGACGAGGAGGAGGACGAAGACGACGACCUUGCAAGAUUCAGGUGUCUUCAGUGUGACAAGAACUUUACAGAUUAUGACGAACUAGACGACCACCUGGUGACCGCCCACGGAUUCGCCGCCGGUCAGUACCGCUGCGACUACUGCCCGCGCGCCUUCGCCUGGCGACCCAACCUCAUCCAGCACAAGACGGUGCACGGGGAGUACAAGCGGUACCCGUGUGAGAACUGCCCGCGGGUCUUCACGGACGCCAUGGUGCUGCAGAAGCACAUCCGCAACCAGCACGCGGGGGCGCGCUCUCACGCGUGUCCCGAGUGCGGCAAGACCUUCGCCACCAGCUCCGGCCUCAAGCAGCACACGCACAUCCACUCCUCGGUGAAGCCGUUCCAGUGCGAGGUGUGCUUCAAGGCGUACACGCAGUUCAGUAACCUGUGCCGCCACAAGCGCAUGCACGCAGACUGCCGCCUGCAGAUCAAAUGCACCAAGUGCGGCCAGGCCUUCUCCACCGUGACGUCCCUGGCCAAGCACAAGAGAUUCUGCGACACUGCGCCGUCGCUGUCACUGCACACCGGCCCGCAGUCACUGCACGACAAGCAGCCCCACACUGGGCUCUCCAUGGGCACCGUCUCCUCCUCCCCACCAAACCCAUUUAUGAUGUACCCACGGCCACCGCUGCCCCUUCUUCCGCCCUCACUGCUCUCAGGCUACCCCAUGUUCCCUUCCCUGCCCUCCCUGGUGGGCGGCCCUCAGCACCCGCUCCUCACCUCCUCUCUUCUCCUCCCCUUCCAGAACACCGGCUCCCGCGAGCAGCCCUUCUCCAUCCCCAAGGAGGAGAAGGAGUCUAAUGACGUCAGCAGUCGCAUGUUAAUAUCCCCACGACCCGAGUCCACGGAGUCUGCCAGCAGAGAAGCUGCCUCCUUGCAGCCUCCGCCUCGCCUCUCGCCCUCGCACUCGCCCAAACAGGCGUCGGUGUUCCCGACGAGGGAGUCGCCGCGCAGAUCUGAGUCCAAUGAGGUUUCCGACGACCAUCGGGAGCCUCUGGAGUACCGGCGCCGGACACCUGAGGCGUCGCAGAAGGAGGUGAGGGCAGAGGGCACCCGCGGCCGGCCCCACGAGAGGAAAGAGCAGCCGCUGGACUUGACUCUCAGGCGCAAGGAAGGGGAGAGAGACGAACUGUUCCUCGGUAGGUUUGACAUCCUCUCCCACAACAGCGACUCGAUGGAAGAGCGGCUUCGCUCGCCAGCUCCCGUCGAGGUCAAGUCUGUAGAGGAGCCUCGGCCUCGCCCAGACCACCCGUUCCUGCGCAUCAGCGAGCUGCUGAAGGACACCACCAGCAGCACCCCGCUCACCCCAGCCCCCCCACAGCCCCCCUCCUUACUAGACACCCCCACUAAGCUGCCACUGGCGUAUCCUCGACCCCUUCAUCCAGCGGCUCUUCUCGACAUGUAUCGCACACUUGACCGCAGCUUAGACCGCAGUCCAUUACUGCCGGGGGGCGGUCUAGCAGGCAGCCGCUACCCUAUGCUGCCGCCAUACUUCCCCCCCACCAGCAUGGCCAGCAUGGGGCUCGGCCUCAACCGCACAACGGGGCUAGACAUGCUUAAAGCCCACAUGUCCAACGCGGGUCGCCCGUACGGGGACAUCAGCCGCCCGUAUGACCUCAUGGCUUCCCACAUGCCCCGCGCCAAGGAUCGCUACUCCUGUAAGUUCUGCGGAAAGGUGUUCCCGCGAUCUGCCAACCUGACCCGCCACCUGAGGACUCACACCGGGGAGCAGCCCUACAAGUGUAAGUACUGCGAGCGCUCCUUCAGCAUCUCGUCCAACCUCCAGCGUCACGUGCGCAACAUCCACAACAAGGAAAAGCCCUUCAAGUGUCCGCUGUGUGACCGCUGUUUCGGCCAGCAGACCAACCUUGACCGCCACCUCAAGAAGCACGAACUAGAAGGUCCCAAUCCGCCGGACUCUCCAGAGGCGCCGGACUCCAGCAGCUCCACUGUCGAUACGUCAACUAACUACUUCAGCGACGAGAUUCGCUCGUUUGUCGACAAGGUAACGGACUCUACUACAGACGAUGCAGUCGUCGAUGAGGAAGCGAUGGAUGAGGACACAGACAAAGAGCACAUCGACGUCACCACUUCGAAUGACGAUGGGGUCAGCGCCGAGUGUGCAGCCAAGAGGGUUCGAGUAGAGUAGAAGCAAAGCUAAGACGAAAACAAAGACGAUGGAAGUCGGAAGUAUUACCUCCAAAAGCCAAAAAGAAGAGAGCUCGGAACGCCCCGUGCACGGAGCCGUCGCCGGGUAAUUAUUAUAUAUAUUAGGUACCACCUCUGGUGCAAUUGUAAGGACCCAUAGCCUCGGAGAAGGGAAUACAGAGCAUUCAGAGAAAAACUUGCCAUUUAACUCUACAUGAUACUACUGACAAAGGCUCAAAACUUUUCCCCUCGUGGUGGACUAACUUGUUCUAACGCAGCACUUCCACUCAUGUUGGCUGACUGAAACUUCCCCCUUCAAGGGUGACAGAAGCUCCACCGAAAAGGGGGGGCUGGACUGAGGGUCAUACCAAUACACAGAAGCCAAAUUUUGCUCGCGAUCUGUUAUAAUACAAAAAAUACCGGUUUAUUCAUGUUUAUAUAUAUAUA